CGAACAAAGAUGUACAAAGGAACCGAACAGCAGAGGAUUUAUCCAUUUGGAAAAUGACAGACUACAGUAGAUGCACAUUGCCUGGGGUAUUUAUUUUCAAGCACGUAAAAUGCCUUUAAACCAUAGACUGUAAAAAAAAUAUGAAAGUAGUGUCCGUGACGUCACCCACUGGUUUGUGAAGAGCAUUUUUGAAGCCUAAAGUAGGCGGUGCGUGCCGUUGCCAUCUUGGCCGAAUUGCAGUUUAAGUCACUUCCGUAUUCAGAGAGACUGAUUGAGAAAAAAGAUUGAGAGAUCUGUUGCAUGUUUCCCUCUGUGCACAAGCGAAGUGACGAACUUCCGCUGUCGCCUGAAGUCGGCAUAUCUGUUUCCGGUGUACUGGCGCGUCGCCCAAAAUGUCUGUUUUUACUCGAUGUCUCCAGGAUCUUCCGAAAAUACGCGUCAGCGAUGUACAUCGCAUUGUUGAUGCCUGGUCCCCUGCUCCGACAAGCAAGAGGGACAAGGGCUUUAAACUCUACAUAUCGAGUUAUUUGCACAACUAUGAGGGUGGUACUGAAAGAUUCAAUUCCUGUGGAGCUUGUGCAACACAGCUGCACAUGUGUUGCUGGAGCAGCAUUAUGCAACCACUGCGUUGCUUUGCUGUUUCAGUCAGCACAUUACUCGGAACUGAAUGUGCCAGUUGUGCCUCCUGUGCUAAGCUGUACUGAAGGGGAACAGCAGUGGCACAAGCCCAGAACUUUGGGCAUAAAGCCAGGCCCUGUUGAAAAGAUGGCUGUGCUGUCGGCUAAACCAAAGCGUAGAGCAACAACCGAGGGUGUAAGGAGCACACUCUACAAAGGUCUGACUGGGGAUUUGCCUGAUCUGUCCGUCCUUCAGGUGACAGAGGUUUUCAAAGAUUUCUCUAAAGAUGACACACCGAUGAUCUGCAGCUUGGGCAUCAGCUCUGAAAUUCCCCUGGUCGACUCCACCCUUGGCAAGGUUCAAGCCGGUAGUCCCUUGUCCUACCAACAACCUGCAAUAGCAAAGCGAAACCCCUCCUUCCAUGCUGCCCCACCACAACCAUCUGUGCCUCUUGAGAAUUACCGCUUACAGCCAUCCAGUUGUAUGUUUGUCUGCACUCAACCACAACAGCUUCACCUUAGGAGUCUGGAGGUCACCUGGGACAUGGCACACCAAUAUGAAUGUGCCACCAGACACCAAAGCACAUGUACUGAAUGGCAUCAGCUGAGGCGGCAUAGACUGACUGCCUCACGAUUCAGAGAGAUCUGCCAGGUCCGGGAAAAGACUGAAGAAGGUCUGGCUACCCGGAUACUGCAAGGGACCCGUCAGACAGCGGCUAUGAAAAGGGGGCUUGAAUUAGAGGCGGAUGCUAUCUGGGAAUAUUGCCAAAUUAAAAGGGUCAACCACUACCCCUGUGGUUUGGUCAUUCACCCUGAUGCUCCUUGGCUGGGGGCGUCUCCAGACGGGAUCAUCUUUGACCCUUCAGAGCCAUGUCCAUUUGGGCUGGUUGAGAUGAAGUGUCCGAACGUCAAAAGCUACGUAGACUGUCCAUAUUUGAAAAUGGAGUCAGGCAAAUUGGAGAUAAAAAAAACCCAUGCUUAUUACUGGCAAGUGCAGGGCCAGAUGCUAAUUACGGGAAUGGAUUGGUGUGAUUUUGUGGUUUCGGCUGAGGAUGACAUACUCAUCCAGAGAGUUUACAGAGACAGUGAUGUUUUGGAUGCAAUCAGAGAAAAUGUAGACAGGUUUUAUUUUUAUGUCUACAUACAGAAAUGUGUAAUGCCUAAUGUCUAAUAUUUCAACAGUAUGUUUUUGUAGUGUUUCCAAUUAAAAGUUUUAUGUUAUGUAUGAAAUGUGAAAGGUAAAUGUUUUUAUGAUUAAGCGCAAUAAAAGUAU